AUGUUUGAUCCCCUGGAUCGUAACCCUGAGAUUCAAUCUCCAUGUUGUAUUCGGAUAUACUUCACAAGUUUAUCCUUCCUGGAAGAGGAUGCCCCUCUUUCGGUGGAGAACUUGUAUCCUUUGUUUUUUGGCAUUGCAGUGUGGUUAAGGUUUUUCUUGCCACAGAAAGCUCGGCAGUAUGUGCCCACUUUGUAUUUGAAUGGUAGGGAAAGCUUUUUGAGAUACUUGCUGAGCUGCCAUAAAGUGCAUACUUUAAGAAAUGGCACCGGGGAAAUAUCCGUGGACAUCCUUCGUACUAGAAGGCAUUAUCUGUUGUUUACGAGAGAGCAAAAGAGCCAGGAUCAUCUGGAAAUAAAUUCACUUCCUGAGGGGAAUAGUAAUCCUGAGUUUCCUCUGGCUAUAUAUCUCCCUGCAAUCCAACAUCCUGUCCAGCAGGCACAAAAUUUUUUGACAGCGGGACCCAGCUAUAUUCUGGUAGAGGGUCUGUAUUCCCGGACUGACCCCGCAGGAUCAAUGAAUUGGAAAGCUGAUCUACUGAUUGAUGUGGUAAGCCACAAGACCCCCUGGGUUUUCUGGAUUUGGAGCUUCAUGGUAGACGUCAAAUUGUUGAUACGAGCCAAUCGCAAGCCAGGUCUGAUUUCAACUGCUACCCUUGAACGGUGGUGGAUUCCGCAAUUUUGUAAUGCUCUCAAAAACAUAUAUUCAGAGAUAGUAAUCACCCAUGUAAGACUGGUGGUGCAGCGGAAGAGGGUUGAACUGAUAGAAGUACAGGUACUUGUAGAUAAACUCAUCCACCAUCUGACCAUACUGUCCUCUCUCUUCUGCUGUACAACCAUCAAACCAUAUCGCCCCUGCCGUCUCAAUCAUGAAGCCAACUUCACCCCUUUGAUAGCCUGGGCAGCAUUCCCCAAAAUCAGUUCUCCGAACGCAGGCAAUGCCGAAGAGGUCCAUCUUGCUUACCUGAAGCCACCAUACGCUGUGAAGCCAGUCUGCCAGAUCAACUACGACCCUCUGGAGAAUAAAUCGUACUUCAACGACUUGAUCCAUGCAAAUUUCCAGAAGUUGAACGCGUACGUCAUAAUAUCAUGCAUUUUAUCAGACAGUUCCUCGAGCCGAACUUGCACCAGAAAGGCCCUGUCAAAAAAACACCAUUGGUAUGCAAAUAAUGCCCGUCUGGCAAUCUUGAUCGGCUUCAUAUGCAUGUGAUUCAUGCAAUAAAAAUAGAUAUCUCUAAUCUCUUAUGAUAUUUGUGCUUCGUUAAUCUUUGCAGAUAAUUAUGUCUAGUGGCUAACGAGCAUGUAUUCAAGAAAGCAAGGUGUGAAGCUAUGUGAGGCACCAGAGACAUGAGGAACUGCA